AAUCCCUCACCAUCGAAAACCCGCUGGCCCCCAAAACACACUCUUUUCUCUCUCUAUCUCUCUCAUUUUCUGGAUUUUGGAAUCUUGCAUACGAAACUCGGAAAUCGAGAAGAGCAAAAAAUCGCAUGCCCUAGAAAUUACGAGAAAAGAAAAGGAAAUUUUCCGGUCAAAAAAACAUCGACUCUUUGAUCCGCAUACACUGUUUGUUACAUGCAAAGGCAACUAACUUGUCAUUCUGAUGCAUUUGGGUGAAUAUUCCACAAAUUGUCCCUCCUGGUUACAAGUUUAAAUUUGCCAAGAAUACAUUUCCCCAAUAUUGUGAUUUUAACCUCUGAUACGCUUCAACUGACUUGGCGGUAAAUUUUCAUCAUGGUUGCUACUGCUGCCACCUCUGCAUUCUUUGCUGUUGCUUCUCUGCAACCUGAAUCUGGUGCCAAGACAUCCGGCAAGGGUGGAGGAGUGCCAUCAACUGUAGAUGCACGAGGGAUUAAAUCCAAGUCUGCCUCUAGUGGGAGUUUGCAGGUUAGGACCAAUGCACAAGCUCCUUCCAAGGUCAAUAGCACCAAAUUUGGUGUAGUUGAGGGCCUCAAGGGUGAGAAUGAUACACCAUCACAUCAUGAAAGGACUAUUAUCAACCAAUUGCCGGAUUGGAGUAUGCUUCUUGCUGCUAUCACGACAAUAUUUUUGGCAGCUGAGAAGCAAUGGAUGAUGCUUGAUUGGAAACCAAGGCGCCCUGACAUGCUCACCGACCCAUUUGGUUUGGGGAAAAUCGUUCAAGAUGGUCUUGUUUUCUCUCAAAACUUUUCUAUAAGAUCAUAUGAAGUAGGGGCUGAUCGGACUGCUUCUAUAGAGACAUUAAUGAAUCAUUUGCAGGAAACGGCUCUUAACCAUGUGAAGGGUGCGGGACUUUUGGGUGAUGGCUUCGGUGCAACUCCAGAGAUGUGCAAAAAGAAUCUCAUUUGGGUGGUAACCAAAAUGCAUGUUGUGGUAGAUCGUUAUCCUACUUGGGGCGAUGUUGUGCAAGUCAACAGUUGGGUAGCUGCGUCUGGAAAGAAUGGUAUGCGGCGUGAUUGGAUUGUCCAUGACUGCAAAACAGGGGACAUUCUAACAAGAGCUUCCAGUGUCUGGGUGAUGAUGAAUAAAGAGACACGGAGGUUAUCUAAGAUACCAGAUGAAGUUAGAGUGGAAAUAGGUCCUUAUUUUGUGGAUUCACCUCCUGUUCUGGAUGAGGACAGCAGAAAAUUACCAAAGCUUAAUGAAAGCACAGCAGAUUAUAUUCGUACUGGUUUAACUCCUAAACGGAGUGAUUUAGAUGUCAACCUGCAUGUUAACAAUGUGAAAUACGUUGGCUGGAUUGUUGAGAGCGCUCCACCCCCAAUUUUGGAGAGCCAUGAGCUUUCUAGCUUGACUCUGGAGUACAGGAGGGAGUGUGGGAGGGACAGUGUGCUGCAAUCCCUAACCAAAGUAUCAGGUGGUGGUGGUGGAUCGGUUGAUUCUGGUUAUGUUGAGUGUGAACAUAUGCUUCGACUCGAGGAUGGGCCCGAGAUUCUGAAGGCAAGAACUGAAUGGAGGCCCAAAUAUGCCAACAUUCUUGGGAGCCUUGGUCAGCUUUCUGUGGCCGAAAGUGCUUAACUGUUGAAGUUCUUUGUAGCUGUGGAUUAGCAGUAGUCUCAUCCUGUGUCUCAAUGCCUCUGUAAAAUGUUACUCAAGUAUCGGGAUUUACAUAUGUUUUUUUUUGGGUUAUAAAUAUUUCCUUCUUAUCUAAAGUUCUUAUUUGGGAGAAUAGAGAAAAGUAGUAAGCCCAUUGUAAGUAGAUCUUCUCUCUCUCUCUCUCUCUCUCUCUCUCUCUCUCUCUGUGUGUGUGUUAAGAGUUCCAGGUUGACUGCCUCCUCAAAUUGGCAACUGAUGUUUUUGAUGGCAAUUCUAUAUUUAUUUGUAAUGGAAAAAUGUUCCUCAAAUUGGCAACUGAUGUUUUUGAUGGCAAUUCUAUAUUUAUUUAUAAUGGAAAAAUGUUCUCUGGUGGAA